UUAAACUUGGUUAUGCCGUAACGUUAUUUGAACUCGUUAUUAAUGUAAAAUUAAUAGAAAAAUUUUGUUAAAUAAUGUUUAUAAGGAUGUUGAUGAGAUAAAUGAGGAAUGUUAGCGAAAAAUAUAGUUUUAUUUGUCCCCGGUCCUCUCCUAGAGUAUUGAUGGCUUCGCUCAAAAUGGUUUCAUUGCCCACCACUACCAAAACUGCCUCUGUGUAUGCGUUGUUCUGGUAUAUCUGCAAUGCAGGCGUGCCUCAACGACACCAGUUUGUAGUGAGUGCGGCCGUAUUUUUUCCACGAAUUACAGGAGGAAAAAUGAAUAGUGACAGUUCCUCAGAAUACACCAGUUCGGAGAGCACCACAUCAGAUAGUUCUGAUUAUGAAAGGUUCGAGUCAGUGCAAGCCUGUGGGGUUCGUUUACAAUUACCGGAACCGUUGUGCCGCCAAAAGGAGAUAUUCGACAAGUUUUUUUCAUCCCACGCUUGGAACUCCUUAACCGAUAACAGCAGGCAACAAUUAAGCAGGUUGUUGCCAACGUUCCCCGAAGACGAUGAACACGAAAAGUACGUGACCCUACAAAGACUAUUAGGAGGUGAUUCUUUUAGGUUUUCAAGUCCUUUAUUACAAUUUCACGAGCGAUUAAAAGCGGGGUAUUACCGCCCGGAAAUCUCCAAAAUGAGGUACAUGAUACGUAAAGCUGAACGUGCCGAAGCUAAACAACGUUACAGGCGGUUUCGUGAACAAUUAAAAAACGAUGUAUUGGAAUCUCGACGUUCUUUGUUAAGUGCGGUUAGUUCUGUGCCCCAAAUUGAGCCACAAAGUGCGAACGUUUCGUCGUUGUAUGUGAGUUCGAUUUCUUAUAGGACUAAGGUGAGGUAUUUUCAAGAAUUAGCCACGAUUAAAUCGAAAAUGGAUGAAACGGGGUUUUCUUCGGACGAUAAUUAUCCGGACGGGCCCCCGAUUCCUUUAUCGAGGAAACAGAAACGUCAGUUGAACAGUUUAAGGAAUUCAUAUCCGGGGAACGUGGUUGUUUCAACGAUGGCCUCGAAACCGUGUUUAGAUUUAGAGAGACAUGUCACGGCUCAUUAUAAUCCUUUUUUAAUAAACGAUGAAAUGUACAAAAAAUUACUUUUAAGUCAUAAAAGAUUGAAAUUGGACGAUGUUUCUUCGCACGAGUAUAACACUAAAGGAUUGACGAUCGGAGAUGUAAUCAAUCGGACGAAAUUGUCUUAUAUUAAAAAGGUUCCGACUCAACCAAUUAAGAGGCGCAUGGAAAAGAAGAUUAAAAGUAGGAAAAAAAUAUUAAAAGCAACCCCACAAGUUGUUCGAAGUAAAUCUCCGGAAGUUAUCACGAAGGCUAAUCCAUUUUUUGGGUUGAGUUCUCAUUCGGAGAUUGAAUCCGAUUCGGAUUCGUUGUUGGAAAGGAAUUUGUUUAAAAGUAAAAAAUUGUCCCCCGUUUUGCAGGAAAAUCAUUUUAUAAAGUCGCCGGAAAAAGUUUCUAGUCCAAUUUUAAACAGUAUGAAGAGCCCUUAUACGCCUUCUUACGGCAAAAUCAUUCCAGCCACAUUUUCCGAUUUGGACGCAAUCGGAAUGAUGAAUUUACCAAUCGACUUUGAGGACGAUUGUUGUAUCGAUAUCUUAGAAACGAAUAAUCGAGUGGAAUUGAUGCAAAAAACCCACACAAAUUUCUUAUCGGUCAUUCGAGACUUGAUUUGUUCAACUUCCGAGCAUCGAAUGGAUUAUAACACGCUAGAGGAACGAUUAAAACAAUGGCAAGAGAAUCCCAUUAGCACCUUAAACGAUUGGUACAGCUCCGCGGAUAAUUGGAUACAAUUAUUGAAGUCGGCCGUUGAUUUUUUGAGCGGGAACUCGUCCGAAUUACCCCCAGAUUUCGUGCCGUACAUAGAAUAUAAAUCCCAAUUAGAUAUGUAUCAAUGGAUCGGAGCCGGGAGAGAUUCGGACACCUCGUUAUCAUCGUUAGCUAAAUAUUGGUUGGACCAUCGAAACGAAUCCAAAAAUUUGAUCCACAUAAAAGAAGAAAAGGAGGAAAUCGAAGUUUCCGAUCGCUCCCAAACCCCUCCACCCCCUCGAUACCCCACAAAUUGGAGUGUGCGUCGUGCAGACCCCGAGGAAAUUCGAAGUUACCAAGAGCAAGAACGAAAAAGAUACGACAACCCACAUAAAGCAUUUACUUUUCGUUGUAACGGUUACGAAAGCGUUGUGGGGCCUUUAAAAGGGAUUUACAGCGCGGGAUCUGGCAGUACUAAAGCGAGGGGGCACACGAUGUUGAGCGCGGAUCGACCCAAUUUCGUAACAAUUUUAUCAUUGGUAAGAGACGCAACAGCACGUUUGCCAAAUGGCGAAGGAACGCGAGCCGAUAUUUGCGAAUUAUUAAAAUCGUCCCAGUAUAUAUCUCCGACAGCCCCGGAUAGCGUUUUGCAAUCGGUGGUGAGCGGGGCUUUAGAUCGGAUGCACACUCAAUUCGAUCCUUGCGUUAAAUAUGACCCAAAAAGAAAAAUUUGGAUUUAUUUGCAUCGAAAUCGCUCCGAAGAGGAUUUUGAGCGGAUUCAUCAGCAAUAUCAAAACGUGGGAAAAGCACCAAAGAAAAUCAACAAAAAUAAGACUCCGAUUAAAGAGAAAAGUCGAAAUUUGAACAAAAUUAAAAAAGAAUCGACUCCGCCAUCUCUCGAAAAUAAACAAAAACACCACCAGAAAAAUAAAUUAAAUUCAGAUUUAACCUCAAAUUCGGAACUAAAUAACCCGGGGACUUCAAGUGCUGUUUCGCCGGGAACUUCGCUUCUUCUACCUCAAUUAAAUAAAUUAGCAAAAUUAGAAUCGAACGAAAUUCGAACUCAAUCCCCGACGAAAAUAUCAAAACAAGAGGAAAAAGAAAUUAACGACGCCUUACAAACUAUCAUGCAAAUUCCGAGCCCAAAACAAAAAAGUUUGGUUAAAAUUAUAUCGACGCCUACUCAGGGAAAAUCUUUAAUAAUACCAACUUCGAAAUCAGAAAAUUCAAAAACACCCCAAAUUAUUCAACAGAAACUUCAACAACAACCGAUUAAAUUGGAAUUAAAUGAAAAAUCUGAUGUUAAUAAAGUACAAACAAAAGUGCCGAUUUCGGUGCAACAACAAAUUUUGCAAUCAAUCACCGGUCAACAACAAAUUCAACAGUUUAAAAACGUCGCGUUAAUUCGGAACGUUUCCCAAAAAUUGAACACAAAUCAAACGAUUCAAAUUCAAAAUACACAACAACAACCAAUUCAAGUGAGCACCCCGAUUUCUGUAACGAGAAACUCCGAAACGGGGUUACAACAAAUCCGGGUACAACAAACCGCUUUGACACCGUCGCAACAACAGCAAAUUUUACAAAGUUUAAAACAAAAAGUUGUUCCAGUUCAAUCUUCAGUUUUGGGGGGACAACAACAGGUUGUUGUUAAACAUAAAGGGAUACAGAAAAAUGUUGCUUCGGGGACGUCGUUGUUGGGAUCAAAUCGGAUUAAUACAGAUAACGUUUCGAAAUCAAUUAUUAAUAGUAAUCAAACCCCUUUGGUGGCUAAAGUGUUAACGAACGCCGCUGGGCAGGUUAUUUCCGUUGAGAGUCUUUUAGCUCAUCAAAAACAACACGGUUCUUUACCGCAAGGAACAACGGUUCGUGUUUCUGGCAUGAAAGGUUCCCCAACGAACAUAAUUCAAUUAGCUCCCACAAAACAAUCUGGAGGAGUAACUCAAUUAGUCGGUUCUCAAAAUAACAUCAUAGCAAUCACGAAUCAACCAAAAUUGGUGUUUUCCUCGCAAGCGAUGACCAACACAACCGUAACGACGACGAGUACAACGACGAAAAGCAACGCGAAAAGCUUAAAAACGCAAACGGUGACGAAGUUUACCCCAAAAAUCGCCCAACAAUUAAUCAACGCGAAAUUUGUACAAAACGUUGAUAAUAAAUCGAAAAUGUUGUUGGGCCAAAACCAAUUAAAAACAACACCGAAAUCGAUCACCGUUACAAAUAAAUCAAUGCCAACUCAAGGAAAUACGAACGCUAUAAGAAUGGUGAACGCCGCGAAUUUAAAUUUAACGCAUAUCGGAGGGAAACCCGUUUUAUUAGCUUCAAAAGGAGGUUCGUUACAAAAUUUACAAGGUCAAAAUGUGAUCAUACAAUCGACUUCGCCUCAAAACACCAGCUCUGUUAACGUGAUUAACCAAGGAAACACUCAGUACGUUUUGGCCCCACAAAUUAAAGUACAACAAAGUCCUCAAGUUUUAUUGAGUUCUUCAAACGUGAAGGGGAGCGUUCAACAAGUAGGGCAAAGCGGGCAAAGUCAAUUGGUGUUGGGAGGACAACAAGUGAGGUUACAAAGCGGUGGUACGUCUAAUCAACGAGUUGUACUCGCAAGUCAAGGACAAAGUGGACAAAUUGUUGCUCAACAAAUUCUUUUACCCGCCGGGUUUCAAGGAACCGCAAUUAAUAUUAAAGCGUUACAAGGGGUUAAAGUUAUUCCUAUUGCGCAAGCUCAACAAACUGCAAAAGGUGUACAAAAUAGGCAAGUUUUUGCAAGAGUAAUGGCGCCAAAUAUAGUAAGAACAGUACAAGCAACGCCGGAAACUGAAGGAACGGCUCCAACUUCAGAAUAAGGUUAAAAAAAAUUAAAAUUAAGAUAUCGUGUAGUGUUUACGGUGAGUUGUGGACUAAAAAAAAUUAAUUAAUUAAUUACUAAAUUAAUUGUUGAAAUUGGCGAUUGUAAAUAGUAGGUUUUUUAGUGAAUAUUUUUUUUUCUCUAAAAAAUGAGAGAAACUGUGGAAUUUGUAAAUAAAUAGUUUAUAUUUUUAUUAUCAUCAUGAUUAUCUCCUUUUUGGUGUAAUAUUAAAAUCGGAUUAAUUAAUUAAUUAUUUAUAUGUUGUGUACAAGUGUAAAGUAAAAAGUAAUCUUAAAACGAAAAUAUGAAACGUUAGUUACAUUAAUAACAAGAAGUUGUUUUUGUAUAAGAAAUAAAUUAAUUGAGACACUUAGAAGGAAAAACACUGUAGCGUAUCGUAUGGUUUUACCAAUUAAAUUAUAACAUAUAUUUUUUACACAAUCACUGAGAAAUAAAUAAAAUAAUUUAAGUGAAAUGAAUAAAAUAGCAGUGCGAAUCAGCCCCACGAAAUGUUCUUAUACAUUGAAAUACAAUUCUGUUUCUAGAUGAAAAUAAAGACAACUAUUUUCCUAAA